AUGGAGAACAGUACCGGUUCCUUUUAUUUUAACCUCACCAUGUUUGUGAACAUUGGACACUAUCGCUAUCCAGCCUUUGUGUUCUGCUUCCUGCUCUACUGCUUUAUUGUGUACGCUAACCUUGUGAUAAUAACAGUGAUAUCACGAGAAAGAGCUCUGCAUGGGCCCAUGUAUGUGUUUAUCGCUUUAUUAUCUGUGAAUUCUGUGUAUGGAUCGACCGGAUUCUUCCCCAGAUUCCUCAUGGAUCUUCUGUCUGUGAGUCAUCUGAUCUCUCGUCCUGCUUGUUUCACGCAGAUCUACAUUAUUUACACAUAUGCUUCGAAUGAAAUGACUAUUCUUGGCAUUAUGGCCUAUGAUAGAUAUGUAGCUAUAUGUAAUCCUCUACACUAUCAUAGAAAGAUGACCUCUAAGACUGUUUUCAUGUUGGCAGCACUGGCGUGGCUUUUUCCUGCCUUUGGUCUCAUGGCGUGCAUUUCCCUGUCAAUCAGGCUUCCUUUAUGUGGGAAUGAGAUACAAAAACUCUUCUGUGCCAACUGGAAUGUAGUAAAACUGUCGUGUGUUGCCACUGAUGAAAACAAUAUUUAUGGCUUUUGGUUGACUGCAACAACAGUUUUCUUUCCACUUUCUUUUGUCUUAUAUACUUACAUGAGGAUUCUUGCUGUUUGCUGGAGAAGCUCUGCAGAAUUCAAAGGGAAAGUGUUACACAGCUGUCUCCCACACAUGGUCUCAUUUGUGAUUUAUUCCAUUGCUGGAUUUUGUGAUAUCGCCUUGAGUCGGUAUGAUAUUGAAGAGAUAAAUCCACUUGUUGCAGGUGUUCUUUCACUGGAGUUUGUUGUCAUUCCUCCGAUUCUGAAUCCUCUUGUUUACGGCCUUAAACUACCAGAAAUAAGAAGACAGAUUCUACAAAUGUUAUCACUGCAUAAGAGGAUUUCUUGA